CUCCCUGGAAGAAUCAUGCAGCAGUCGGCCACGUGUCGGUCUGACAGGACGUGGUCUGGCUCACAGCGGGAUUGCACAGCUGACAACACUUACGUUGGCUGUUUCAAUAAUUUUGGAACCAAUUCUCUGGACGCCCUGAUAACACCAGUAACUAACACGCCUGCAGUGGCAACCAAUUACGUCGAUAGAUGUCGCCUGCACUGUCUGGACAACAGUUUUAAAUACGCUGGUCUAGUUGGUGGAGACUCGUGUAGAUGCGACAAUGUGUAUAACCCGUACCAGGGCCAGAAUACAGACAGUCUGUGUGACACACAUUGUUCUGGAGGGGACUCGGGGUUCUGGUGUGGAGGGGCAGGCACUGGGAAAAUUAUCAUCCACAAAACUGCCGACCAGUGUUCUCCUAUAACUACCGGUCACUCCACAAUAAAUACUACGGCACACCAGGUUGGGGCCGUGGUCUUGAUCACGUGUGCUACGGGCUACUGGUUCCCGGAUAAUUACGGACAUUAUCGUGUAGUCACGUGCCGCCAAAAUGAGGUUUGGAGUAAUACAGUGCACGUCUGCGAAGGUACGUAGAAAAGUGAUAAAAAUGUAAGGUAAACUUUUUUAUAUUUCUUUAUUAAUUCUGUUUUCAUAUUUGAUUACAAAUGGUACGGAUGGCUAUAGCAUUUUAUUUAUUUAUUUAUUUAUUUAUUACAUUUGCUCUCAGUGCAAUAUAAAUGGUUGUUACUUGGAACAAGGUAAUGUACUUAGUUUCCUCCAGUAAACUUUGACGAGAGGUAAGUCUAGAAGUAAAUCUAAGGAGAAAUCCUUUGUAAUAAUUCACAUCCAAACGCUAACUUUUGUUAAAGUAACUGCCCCAUAUGCAUCAAGGUGAGUUCUUAUUCCUUAUUCUCAGUCUAUUGUUUUCAACGUCUUGCGUGCCAGACUGUCCCUCCGUGUACACGGAGUAAUUGUGGCGAGGUCAUAUAUGACUCGGAUGACUAUUGUGGUGUCUCUACAUGUUUUUUUUGAUAUACUAUGAUGCGGAUGUAAUG